UUUUGAUAGAACAAUGGUGAGCAGGAAGAAGGAAGUACCUUUACAGAUGGUUGUCAAUAAUCAGGAACUUUGGGAAGAAAUGCUGUGUUCCAGAGGGCUGAUAGUGAUAGAUGUUUAUCAGGCCUGGUGUGGUCCAUGUAAACCAGUAGUAAACAUCUUCAGGAAAAUAAGACAUCAACUUGAGGGUGACCUUCUGCAUUUUGCUGUGGCUGAAGCAGAUUCAAUUGAUGCCCUAGAGAAAUAUCGUGGGAAAUGUGAGCCUACAUUUCUGUUUUUUGCUGGAGGAGAAUUAGUAGCAGUUGUAAGAGGAGCAAAUGCACCAUUGCUACAGAAAACCAUUCGGGAGCAGCUAGAAGCGGAAAAGAAGGUUUUGAACCACGGAGUGGAGAGAGUGGUGAUUCAGGAUGAAGCCUUCCUUUGGGAAAAAGAAGAUACUUCUGUUGAAGAAAAGGAAAAAGAGGAAGGGGAAGAAGAGGAUAAAGAAGACAAAGCAGAUUAAGUCACCCAUUUAUCUUCCAGAACUGGCUUUCCAACUGCCAUUUUAAAGAUGAUGAAAAAUGUUAUGUUUUUCUAUUGUAGUAGAGGCAAAAAAGAAGGGUAAAGGUGUUGGCAACUCACUGUCAAAAAGGGGGAAAGUAUGUUUCAGGUAGAGGCAGUCUGUGUCAAAAUUCAUGUUACUACAG